AAAGAGGGGAGAGGGGGCGGAUUGGGGCGCUGCCAUCUCCUCCCACGCCCGUCCGGUUUAGUUCCUCUGCCGACCGAAGACCAACAAUGAUGCCCCGUUCAGUAAUGUUAGCGGUGGUCCUGCUCGGCGUGUCAAUAAUGCAUUCCGUUUUGGCUCAGAGCGCUGGGUUUGUGAAGUCGCCCAUGUCAGAGACAAAGCUGACAGGGGACACGGUGGAGCUCUACUGCGAAGCCGUGGGCACCCCCACCCCCGAGCUCCAGUGGUGGUACGGCGAGACCAACCGGGCGGACUCCUUCAAGCAGCUGUGGCACGGCGCGAAAAAGCGCCGGGUGUCCAUAAACGAGGCCUCCGGGAGCAGGAACACGGUGAGCGUGCUGGCCAUCGCGCGGCUCGCCCUGGAGGACUCGGGCACCUACGACUGCCGGGCCAGCAAUGACCGGCGCCGCAACGACCCCAGGCAAAACCCCAGCCUCACCUGGAUUCGAACGCAGGCCACCAUUUCCGUUCGGCAGAAGCCCAGGAUCAACUCCACCGACGACAUGGAGCUGCCCAAGAGCGGCCCCGUCUCCCUGCAGUGCAACCUGACCAGCGCACAGAGCCCCCCGCAGGAAGCCUUCUGGAUGAAGAACGGGGAGACGAUCUCUGAGACGACCAAGGAGCUCAACAACACCGAAUACAGGAUCCUGAAGCCAAGGGCGGAUGAUGCGGGGCAAUACGUGUGCGUUUUCACCUUUGACCUGUUGCCACCUGCUAACGCCACAAUUGAUGUCAAAGCUGCUCCUGAUAUCACAGGCCACAAGCGCAGUGAGAACAAAAACGAGGGCCAGACCGCCUUACUGUAUUGUAAGUCUGUGGGAUACCCCCAUCCUGUGUGGACCUGGUACAAAAUGGAUGCAGGCAUGUGUGUGGAAAUUGACAACUCCUCCGGGCGGAUUUUCGUCAGCAACAAGGACAACUACACGGAACUGAGCAUCGAGAACCUGGACAUCAGGAAGGACCCGGGCGAGUAUCUGUGCAACGCCACCAACGUGAUGGGCAGCAGGUCCAUCCGCUCCAUCCUGAGGGUGCGCAGCCACCUGGCCCCGCUCUGGCCCUUCCUGGGCGUGGUGGUGGAGAUCCUCAUCCUGGUGGUCAUCAUCGUGGUGUACGAGAAGCGCAAGCGGCCGGACGAGGUGCCUGACGAUGACGAAACAGCGGGACCAAUGAAAACAAAUUCCACAAACAACCACAAAGACAAAAACCUGCGCCAGAGGAACACAAACUAAGCAGAGUGACGGCAGAGUGAGUACUUUCUCCCGGACUACCUACAUGCUAGCAACGCUCCUUCUGCCAGGAGUAAUCUAUCCAGACUGUAGUCUCAUUAAUAACAACUGCCUUCGACACAAAGCGUACUACUGCAUCAACCACCCACCUUUACCAUUCUAUUCAAACUGAGGUAAAAGCCAGUACGACGGGUCUCCAUUCGACUGCUGGCAGGAAACAGUUCUAGGGGAAACAUAUCUCCUCAGUUAAAAAAAAAAAUUAAUUUCCAGAUGUCUAAAUGACAUUAAUAUCUUAAUGUACAGGAAACUAGGAUGAAGGCUCAUGGGAAUUUUCAAAGAAGCAUGUCUAUUUUUGAGUAUGACCGUUAACGCCGCACCACUGAAUGUGGAGGGCGUAGUGGCUGUUUUCAGCAUGCCUUGUUCAGUCUUAACUUGAAAACACUGGGAGGGAUAUAACUGAAACAUGUUACGAAAAUGUACACAUUUUUUCUCUGUGUUCUAGAUGCUUUUUAUUUUAUUUAUUAUUUAUUUCGAUCAUUUUCGUGGGCAAAGAAUAUAUAAACUUUUUUGCCUAAAAUAUAUGGACUGUAUGAUAUUAAGAAAUGACUUUUUGUUGGAUUGUUAAAAAGCUUUGCACAGAAUGGAUUAUACUUGUUAUAUAUUGUUUUUUAAAGCAAAACCUUGAAAGCUUCCAGUAGGAACAAAAAAACGGGCUUUAUUCUGAUACAAAUACAUUUUGUACAUCCUAUCAUUCCAUGGCAUAUGAUUUGAAACAGUGGUGUUGAAUAAUGAAUAUUACAGUUCAGUUACAAUGUAAGGGCUUCAUGGUGUCCAGCAGUAUUUAAUCAAGGAGAUUUGAAUGAAGUAAAUCUACUAUGUAUCCAAGUCCUGAAAAUUGCAAUUAAAUGGUUUCAAUAUUAUUUCCUAUAGUAACUUAGAUGUCUUGUACAUGUUACACAUAAGUGUUAAUUAAGAUAGCAAGUCUGUAUAAACUUCAUUUUAUAAUGGACAUUUUUUUUCAUUGCAUUGAAAAUACUGUACAGCAUGGCUAAUAUCCUAUGCAAUAUUUAUUCAUAUAGGCAUAUUCAAAGUUUCAAGGCGAGAACAUUUGAUUUUCUCAAUAAUAAAGCUUUAAUGUUGUGGGAUCACUCUUUACAAAACUGGUGUACUGUAAUACACUACUGUAGCUGCAUGACUUCUCGAUAAAUACCGUGUAUAAGUGUGUUGCGAUGGAAAUUGACCUACAUUAGGGUGGACAGAAGGAGGGUGUAACAAGCCACAAAAAAAACAUGUGAAACUGAUCAUUUUUAAGAAUAAACUGCUCCAAAGUA